AAUGAGCUCCUACUCGAUCCGCUUGUCCAAUCUCCUCAGCCGCAAGCAACCACGGCCGAACAACUACUUCACAAUGGGAAAUCAGGUCCGGCAGCGGAGUGUCUCACUCUCACCAACUCCCAACGAAUCAAACGAACCAAUUGCCAAGCGUGUUCGACUUGAACCCGAGACUGUAACAGAACCCUUGAAGCUUCAUCCUGGACAUAAACUCUAUACACCGGGUGUCUACCUAGCCCCCAUGGUCAGAAUCGGAACGCUGCCCACUAGACUACUAGCCUUGGAGUACGGCGCCGACUUGGUUUGGGGACCCGAAAUUGUAGACAAAGCAAUCAUCGGAUCUACAAGGGUAGUUGAUGAGUCCAGUGGAACCAUUCAGUAUACCAAAAACAACGGGACUAGUUCGAUUUGGCAAACCCAUCCUAUUGAAAAGUCUCGUCUAAUUUACCAGAUUGGAAGUGCUAACAAAGAACUCGCUCUUCAAGCAGCACAAACCGUCGCUAACGACGUUAGUGGAAUCGACCUCAACUGUGGUUGUCCUAAGGAUUUUUCUCUCAAGGGUGGGAUGGGCGCCGCUUUACUGAAAGAACCAGAUAAACUGUGCGGUAUCUUGACACAUCUAGUUCAAAAUCUACCCACUCAUCCAAUCUCUGUCAAGAUAAGAUUGCUACCCAGCCAAGAAGAUACGCUAUCACUGGUAAAGAAGAUAUGUGACACAGGUGUAUCUUGCUUGACUGUCCACUGUCGCACACAACCGAUGCGAUCCACCGAGCCGGCCCUUUUACAUCGACUGAGAGAAAUCGUCGACUUUGUCAACGGGAUCCGGACGAGUGAGAAUCCGCUCCCAGUGGUCGCCAAUGGAGACUGUUUUAGUGCCCAGGAUCUGCCUAAAUUCAAAGAGUUGACUGGGGUUUCUCGAGUCAUGAUUGCGCGUGGAGCCGAAAGUAAUGUAUCUUGUUUCAGGCAGGAUGGGCUUCUCAAUCCUAUCGAAGAGAUCAUGCCGCGGUACAUCCAGACAGGUUUAAUAACUAACCAAGCUUAUCCUAACGCAAAGUAUUGUCUAUCUACGAUGGACGUCAAAGCGCACACCAAUGAAUCCAAGAGCGGCGCAAGUAAGAACAAGUUUACUCGCAAGGAACUCAAGACCAAGAUCCAACAAUGCAAGGACUGGUCUCAGAUGGCGGAGCUUUUCAAGAUCGAUGUUGAGGCUACUCGUCAGAUGCAAUUAAAGCAACUCUUUCCAAACAUCGUUCCUUUUCCCAGCGUUGCCGAUUGAGGCAUCUUGCACACCGGCCGUCUUCUACUUUGUCCCAAACACGUCUCGCUUCGUUCUCGAACAUAUUUCAUUCCAUGUCGGAAAAAAACGUCUCUCCUGCCGUAGCUACUCGUCUAACGGAUCCUGAAGCGCUCUUCUCCAACCUUUGUUCAAUAAACCGUAAUAAAUUUCAUCGGAACCCGGGAUCAAGCAAAACGGAAAAUUAAUAAGUAGCCAAAAACUGCUGGUGAGGAAAUGUGGUACGCGAAGAUAAAAUCAGCAUGUGUGAAUUAGCAAGUCGACUUACUGAACUUAAUUUUUAAUGAAGAGUUCAUACUAUCAAACCAAAUCAAAUGUUUUCAAAUGAAAAACAAUAUUUUGGGGGGUCGCACUUUGUCCCCAAGCAGCGUUUCAGGCUGCAGCCGCUGCACACUCGUAAUCAUUGGGCGACUCUAAUUCUUGAAUAUGAUCGUGGUGUGGACACGGGUCGUUAUUUAUCCAGGCGUAGUUGCCACAUUUUCCGCAUGUAUAUUGAUGGAAGUAAAUUCUCUUAUCGCACCCGCCAGCUGGAAGGUUCUCACACGUCUUGGUUAUGGUCUUAAACGCCGUCAUAUAAGUAACUUCAUGACAUUGACGAAUGACUGCAUCCCGGUUACAGAAGACACAUAUUUCGGGUCGGGGUUCCGAGGGCAAUGUAGCUGUGUCGCCAUUGAAACACAUUGAGAGGGCGCAUACGAGCCAGACGCGGGGACUCCGCAUAGCCGUGGUGUCGGUGAUGUGCGAGGACGAGAAGUGCAGUCGUUGACAAUGAGGGUCGAACUUAGGAAAUGUUAAUGUUGAUGGGGGGGGUGGAUGAAACAAUGGACUGUUUUGUUGAAGUGGGGUGGAUUGUCG